AUCAGGCAUCAGCAAUUCUGAAUCUUAUCCCCUUACAUUAGGUACCUACUUAAUAUCCUUGUUUCUAGUAUAAUUCCUUUUCCUUGGACUACUCUUCUUAUUUAUUCUGUGAAAUACAAUUUCAAAUACAGUUUCCAUUCGUCAAGAAAUAUAUUCCAUUACACUUUUCAGCUACCUACUUCAAAUCCCAAAUUACAACCAUGCCUCUUGUGGUCCCCGACCUCACCUCGUCAUCCUCCUCGUCAUCCACCUCAGAAUGGCAAAAUAAACUCAUUGGAAAAACCCUCACCGACUCAUCAUCGAGUUCCGAAACGUCUUUUGCAAAGAAAGAUCUACCCAAGAAUCAUCGUGUUGUUGAUGCCGAGGGUGGAAUGAUGACAAUGGAUCAUGUUCCUGAUAGGUUGAAUGUCAUGGUUGAUAAGGAUGGGUUGGUGAAGAAAGUUACUCAUGGUUAAGCUGAUGAUAUAAAUAUCAUAGAAUUAUCUAUAUAAAGAUCGAGACUGGCUUGACCAGUUAAUUCUAUGGAUUGGAACAUAUCUGGGAGAAGAGAUGCCCCCUUCACUGUCCCAUAUUCAAAAACCUG